AUGUCUUGCGUACAUGGAAAUUUACCAAAAAAAAUUCACGGUGGAAUUACCGUUGAAAUUAUUGAACAUCCACAUCAAGUAUCAAUACAAAUUCAAAAUUAUCAUCUAUGUGGAGGUGUUAUUAUUUCUGAAGAGCAUAUAUUAACUACUGCAAGUUGUGUAUCAGCUGAUGUUGGUUUGGAAAAAAAAAUGCGGUUUCAUAUUAGACAAAGGUCAGCUACUUGGCCACCAAAAUAUCCGCAAAGUAGACUUUUUGUAACAGGCUGGGGUACAAAUUCAGAAAUGAAUGUUAUGAAAAAUUAUCUUCAGUUAGUUAAAGUCAAAUCAAUUAGUUCAAGAAUUUGCAAAGUUCGAUACUAUACGGAAGGAACUCUCACUGGCAAUCAAUAUUGUUUAUUUCCACGACCCCCAUUGGCCCGCAUAACAUGGGGUAAUAGUGGCAGUCCUGUUACGAUUGGAACUGGAGUAGUUGGACUCAUUUCUGUUGUUUCUUUGGAUCACAAACUUCCUACUACUUAUUCACGUGUUUACAAUUAUAUGUACUGGAUUCAGAAAAAUGUUGAAAAAUUAAAUUCAAAAUUACAUUAUUGA